AUGGAUGAUGUUGUGGUGGAUUUGGGUAGUGCUGAAACAAAAGUGCAGAUACAGGAUGAAAAUCCUGCUAUUCAAGAGGGUUAUGUUUCGACUGAUGGCAUACAUUGUGAUCAUCUUUGCAAAGAAAAGGUGUGUGCUUCUGAUUGUGAUUCUCCGGUGAAAAAGAAAGAUGGUAAGCGUGCAUUGGGGAGUAAAUUUUCAUGGUGUAAUGGAAAAAAUGGAAUGGCGCGAAGCUGGUCGCGUAUUGAUCAUGGUUUGUGGAAUUUAGAAGUCGUUUCGAUGCUACCUGAUGCAUUUUACAUGUUAUUUCUAAGAACCUUGGAUCAUGCUCCUUUACUUGUCUCACUGAAUUCGAAUAAUUUUCGAUAUGGGCCCUCUUCUUUUAAGUUUCAACAAAUGUGGGUGUCUCAUGAUGGUUUCCUAUAUGUGGUUAAGGAGUCUUGGCAGGAAUCAGUUGGUGAGGAAUCUGAUUUGUUUCUUACAAAAGAGGAAUUAGAUUUGUGGCAGCAAAGAGAAUAUACUCGCCUCUCACAACAGGUUAAGCUGAAUUGGCUAGAGAAAGGAGAGGCUUCUAGUCAGUUUUUUAAGACUUUUGCUUCUUUGUCUAAGCCUAUGGUUAAAGAGAUGAAGAUGGCGGAUGGUACAGUUUUAGCCACUCCUGAAACCAUACAUGAAGGUGUUGUUGAUUAUUCUCAAUCUUUUCUUUCUACCAGGCCUCCUAGAGAUCUUCAUGAUCAUUCUCUAUAUGUUCAAAGUGUUGUGGUGGAGCAAGAAAACAGAGCUAUUAUUCAGCUCCCUUCAAUCCAAGAAAUUAAGGAAUUGAUGUUUGCAAUUCCUUUAAAUAGUAGCCUGAGGUCGAAUGGGUUUGGAUCCGGAUUCUAUCAGUCUUAUUGGGAUAUAGUUGAAGCAAAUGUUGUGGAGGCUAUCAGAGAUUUAUUUUUGGGUACUCCUAUACCUCGGUUUUAUUCGGCCUCAUACAUAGUUUUGAUUCCGAAAGUGUCUCAACCAUCUGGUUUUGAAAAUUUAUGUCCAAUUAGUUUUUGUUAUGUGAUAUAUAAAGUUUUCUCUAAGAUUCUUGUUAAAAGGAUGUCGUCGAUUUUGGAGAAAAUUAUAUUCCCGGAACAAGGUGCGUUUUUUCCGGGGAGAAACAUUUUUGAGAAUAUUGCUUUGGCUCAAGAAAUGAUUUGCAACCUAGUCAGACAAUGCAUAUCAAGUUCUUGGUUCUCAAUUGUGAUGAAUGGAACGGCAAAAGGAUUUUUUCUAAGUGAUCGUAGGUUGCGUCAAGGGGACCCUUUGUUGCCUUAUUUAUUUAUUCUUGUGGAGCAAAUGCUAUGUCAGUUGCUGAAGUACAAUUUUCAAAGUGGCAAAAUUGGUUCUUUCUCUCAUCCUCAAGGUGCGCCUCUUAUAUCCCACUUAUUGUAUGCUGAUGAUAUUAUUGUUUUUGCUAAUGGUGGCAGAUCAUCGAUAAAAAGGAUCUCGGAUAUCUUCAAUAUUUAUGAGGAGUGGUCUGGACAGAGAGUUAGUAAAGAAAAGUCUGCCAUUUUCUUUUCUAAAAACAUGUCGCUUAGUAGAAGAAGAAGCUUGCUGCAGUUGACUUCUUUUUCAGAAGGUUGUUUUCCUGCAAAGUAUUUGGAGGUUCCUUUGAUAUCUGGUUGCAUGAAAAUUACAUAUGUUGAUGAAUUAUUGGAUUGA